AGCUAAUGUAAAAAGUCUUAGCUUUUAUAUUGACUAUUUAUUUAGUCAGCUCUGUUGAUCCAAGCAUGGUGUAAUUGAGCACCGAGAAAAUUGAUGAGCUUUCUUAAAGUAAUUUGGGGAGAUUUAUUAUUGAGAUGGCCCAGACUCAUGCAGAAAUGAGAGGUCCAUUAGGUAUGAGUGAGAAAUAACUAUAAAGAUGAUUUGGUGACAGCAAUUGGAGAUUUGGAGAAUGAACUGACUGCUGAAUUGCAAUAAUUAGAAGACGAUUUUACUAGAUCAACAAAUCAACAUCAAACAACUCAGGAAAACUUAGACAUUAACAUAGGUCAAACAGAGAUCAACAUUUUUAAUGAGAAGGACUUUAUUGAUGCAAUAUUAUUACCAAGCAUUGAUUAAACUAAUUAAAAGAUUGAUAGAUUGAAUGGUUUUAUAAAUGACAAUAGAGAUUCAUUAGCUAGAGAAACAUUAAAUAGAUAAAAUUAACAUUAAGCUUAUCUAGACAGAGGUAAUAUAAAUAAAGAUUGUAGUGAGUGAACACCAAGGAGCAAUUAGUGCUGUGGAUGAGGCUUUGUAAUUGAUCAACUCUUUAAUUAAUGGAAAUAUAGCAUUCACUGAAAAAGCAACAAUCCAUUAGGCUGUCAAGAGAGUCAAUAAUAAAAUCGCAAGAACCAGCACUAUUCACCCAGUCGUUGAAGCCUUGCUUUAAUUGACACAAAACUUCUCGGAUUAAGGAUAGGCCUAGAAAAUUAGAGACUUGUUAUAAGACACAAGAAACCAAUUAGUUAGUAGUCUGAACUAAGUAAUAAUGAGAUGCUAUAUGAUUAGGAAAAUGCUGAUGAAAAAUAGAUUGAAGAGACUUGGGCAGAGAGAUAAAAAACAUUGAACACUGAGUAUUAAGAAUUCAAGAGAUCUCUCCUUGAAGCUACCUAUGUUUUGGCUGCCUAUUAAAGUAUUUACAUAAAUAAAUUUAAUUUCAGAUAAAUUGAAAUCAACUCAAGAAGCCUUGGCUUAGAAUGAACUUGAUUUAUAAAAUUACAAGGAAUCCUUAUGUAAACAAUAAGUUUUAUCAAUUAGAAUAGGACAAAGAUGCUCAAGCCUAAGAGAUCCAAAUUUACAAUGAAUUGAAGGCUCAAUAUUAAAUUCAACUCUAGACUACUAGAAAUGCUAAAGACUUUGUGAACUCUGCAGAAUUUAGCACAGUCAUUAGAAACAAAUUAAAUUAAGGAGGAUUGGCAUGAUUAGUGAG